AAGUGAAAAACAUUUUUAAUCGAGACGACGAAUAAUACGCGAAAAAGGACACGCGUUACAACGCAGAUAAUAAUUUAUUUUUCAUAAAAAAAUGAGAAUUAUCAGUUCAAUUUGCGUAAUAAUUAUUUGUCCGUAAAGAAUGCAGCAAAAAUUAAAAAUGUUUUACAAUAAAUAUAAAACGUAAACACGUGAAAAACAUGUAGACAAAAUAGUGAUGGAACAUAAUCACGAAAACGACGAACAUAAAAGAAAGAACGCAAAAAAACGAAUAGAAAAAUAAGUGAAGAAUAAAAAAAGAAUAAAAGAAAAAAUGUUUUAUUAUCGAGCAGCAGACAUAGCAGCCGCGUUUAUUAUCGCUUUUGCUGUAUCUUAAAUUAAUGGAAAACUAAUCUGUGCUCGGUCCGAAGAUUUUCAAGAUUAACAAGUUCAAAGGAUUUUUUAUUGUAUUUUAUUGAAAAGUUUUAGCUAAGUGAUACACAUAUACAUAAUAAGCGAGUUUGGGGGGGUUAAACCCUAAACACUAACUCUCCCUCUAGUGUAAAGUAGUUUUAAGAUAAGACAUAACAGAACAGAACAAGUGCUUUUUAUUGGAAGCAUACUACAUACUAGUUGAUUUAAGAAAAAACGAGAAAUAGAAUUUAGUGAUAGUGAUCAUCACGGAGCAUUAGCUGCGUGUACAGUUAUUGCUGAACGCGCGCGCGCUCUCAAAUUUGAAUUGCCAACAAACACAAACGCGAUAUGUCCGAGAACAAAAAUGGACAAGGAGCGCAGUGGUCGAAAGGUGCAGUAACAGCAGCAACGGCGGCAGCAGCAGCAGCUGCUGCAGCACAAAAACAACAACAGCAACAACUUCAGCAGCAGCAACAUUUACAACAUACUCCUGUUUAUAAUGCAACAGCGUUAAGUUUAACUUCUCCACCAGCUGGGACUGCAUCAGCCUUAUACGGGGGUACUGGACAUUUGGGUACACAUCAGACUUCAUCUGAUGUAACAUCAUACGCAGCUGCACGCUUUCAAGCACCACCAAUUGAUCAUCGCUCUGCAUCCUCUUCGUCUUCCCAUAUUGUACCCCCCACACCUGCACCAUCCACUUCCACUACCAAUGUACCUGUACCUAGUGGUUUCAUACCGCCACCAUUUCCACCUGCUGCAGCAGCUGCUACAUCUGUACUGACCCCCAACCCGUAUGCAGUGGCUUCGCUUACCGCUCCAGGAUCAACACAUGCAAGUGCAAAUCAUCCACAUUCACAUGCCCAUUCACAUCCGCCUCCGAAUCAACAAUAUUCGGGGUCUCAUCCCAUGGCUUCGUCUCAUCACGCCCACUUUGGAAUGGAACAGUUUCAACAUUUAAAUGUCCAGCAACAAUACGAGCUUAGCAAACUAAUGGCAGCUUCUUUUAGUGCAACCCAACAAGCAGUGGGGGUUUCAAGUGGACCAACAAACCUUUCAUCCAACACAACAUCGUUAACAACAUCAUCGUUGUCCGCGACAACAGCUUCAUCGACAAAUGUGGCGGCUGGAGGAACGUCAACUUCUCAAGCAUCUGCUGCAAGUCGUCAUCCACCACAAUCGUCUGGCGAAAGUUCUACAUCCGGUAGUAUAAAUACACAAAUGGCAGACCAGGUCAUUAGUGCAAUAAGCACUGGCACCACGGCCACCAAAUUGGCUACCACACCCAUACAUGGUCGUCUAAUGGGUCUAGGGGUGCAUGCACCAGAUGAAGAGAAACUAAGACGAAUACAACAAGUUGUAGAGUCCGGUAUAGGCGAUCAUGCCAAACAACAAAUAGUUCAAAUAUUGGAUCGUAUUUCGACUUUGAGGCCAGUAGAAAAAUUAUUGCUUUAUUUGCGUUUGCCUGGCGAACAACCGGAAACUGAUCCCCUUCGUCAGCCUCAAAAUCCCUUGGGGACACGUUCAGAGAUUAAUCACACUAUAAAUUGGGUUCGUACUCAUUUAGAACAAGAUCCUCAGGUAUCCAUACCAAAACAAGAUGUCUAUAAUGAUUAUUUAGUUUAUUGUGAACGUUUGGAUAUAAAACCUUUAUCGACGGCUGAUUUUGGUAAAGUUAUGAAGCAAGUUUUUCCUGGCAUACGACCAAGGCGUUUGGGCACAAGAGGACAUUCACGUUAUUGUUAUGCUGCUAUGCGGAAAACAAGUAAAUUGCCAGCACCCCACUUACCCACACUGACAACAGUGAAACCAACAAAAAGUGCUGAGAAAGAUGGCAGCAUAGAUUUAUCGACAAAUAUUAUUGAUAACACUGAAGAACAGGAGGAGUCAUGGAAUGUUGUAAAACAAUGGGCAGAGUCUAUGUUGCACGUUAAAAUAGACAAUAUCAGUGAUUUGGCAACAUAUAUAAAAACAAAUGGACCAUUAUCGUUGGCAGGUGGAACGCAUACACCAUAUACUGGAGCCGGACGAGGGACUAGUAGUGGUGCGGCGCACAAAAAACAUACGCAAAGGGAACCCAAAGAAAAAAGGGUGAUGGCGGAUAUGGGACCUUUAAAGAAACGACGCAAAAAGAAACGAAAAGGAUCUUCCUCAUCAGAAUCCAGUUGCCAUCAAAAUGUAAACACCGGUGACCAACAACAAAUUCAACCCCAAUUAUCUCCAGCUAAUAGCUCGAAAAGUGGUAGCCAUCAUGCUGUGCUGUCGCCGGCAAUGGAAGAUGGUCAAAAAGUGAAAAUCAAACAGGAAGUAAUAGAUUCUCCCGGUUAUCCUCCAUCAGUGGGAAGUUUGUCCACACACUCACAGUCCACAGAUUCGGCUAAUGUAACCCAAUAUCAAACAACUGCGGCCACAAAUACAUUACAAAUGGCCCAGCAUCAAGUAAUGCCAAUGAAUUUGGCUGCCGAGACAAGAGGUGGUAUAUCCAACGUUUUAGCUAGAGCUCCACCAAUGACCGCAUCCCUAACGGCGAGUGCAUUUGAACAUGUACGUCCAACGGGUGUGCAGACACCGACAACAACUGUAGCAGCAGCUGUUAAGAAUUUAACACCAAAAAUCAUGGAAUUGUCUACGGAGAAUCAAGCCAUGUCUUCGCCACCAUCUCAAACUGUUAUUAAGCAAGAGAUUGGAACCGAAGAUUACAACACUUCAAAUAUUUUCUGCAAGAAGGUUCGUAAAGCACAACAAACUAAAGGUUUUUGGGCCAAUUCCCCAACAUCGAAUCGAAGCACAACUGCAGCAACAACUCCAAAUUAUCCUAUUAUAACUACAACAGCUUCUACACCACCACCUGUGCCGGCUAGUGUUAUAACAGCACCACCAAAUAAUUCGGAUUCCGUUGUUGUUUACAACAUGGGACCACCCACACAAAUGGCUCCUUCUACUAGCCCAAAUAGUCAGACAUUAGGCGAUGAUGUUUCAACGCUGGGACAACCAAAGGUACUUUCACGUAAUCUACAACAGUUAAAGGCAAAGAAAAUAUUGGCUGCCGUCGCGGCAUCUGGUUGUGAUCCUCCUGAUCUGAAUGCGGCCAAAGAUGCAGCAGAUUUACCGGCAAAUUUAGGUUUGCCGCGAGAGCGCGUUAUCAGCAUUUGCAAUAUGGAUAAGCAUGAGCUAGAUGAUUACUUUUUGCCCGUAGAGGAGGAAAAUUCGGAAGAUCAAGAAACAGAGUUGCUUCAAUAUUUUCAGAUGGGAGACGCUGAGGAAAAAUUAACCAAAAAUUCUUCCUCUGAUGCUAAACGGAACAGUAAUUCAACAGUAAAUCAAUCGACGUCAGCCUCAACAUCUAUACCUAAAUCGACAACAGCUACAACGGCUUCGUCAACUAUAGGAUCAUUGGUACUGACUUCAAAUUCAACAAUGACAACAUCAAAAACAUCCACUGGCAUAAUGAUGAUGAGCACAUAUAAAUCUAGUAACAAUACACCGUCAAUAAACGAUAUAUCAACAAUAACAAAUAGUCAAUUACAAAAUGGUAAAACAUUUUCAAAUACAAAUUCAAACACAACAGCAAAUUCUACUUUGAUUAAAUUGCCCUUAACGUCGUCAUGUUUAACAGCCACAACUUCAUCGUCGUCAUCAUCAUGUUCAAAUACUGUUGGUACUGCCUCAGCGUCUCUAGCACAAUUAACUCAAAAGCAUCAACAACAAAUGCAAAUACAACAACAACAACAUCAACAAAUUCAGCAACAAUCUAUAAAUCAACACCAGCAACAACAACAACAACAAACUCAACCUCAAGUAUAUUCAAAGGUUUCCAUAAAACGUAAAAUAAAUUUAAAUACAACAUCGACUACAUCGGACAUAACAGCAGCAAGGAAAAAUUACAGUUUUCUACCGAUAUCACCUAAUAUUAAUACGACCACCACAUCUUGCAGCAACAACACUUCAUUGUCGCUAAAUAGUAAUAACACUAAUAACAGUCAUACCUCAAAUGCGGGAUUUUUCGCUAGCCCUGGCUUAUCGCGUUUACUGACUAAACAACAAUCGUUAGAUUGUGACACCUCCUCAGAUCCCAUGAUUGGAGCAUCCCGACGUCAGCGAUCGUAUAAUACCAUGAUGACCUCUGCUUCAGCACCUCCAAGUCCUUCGGUGUUAAAACAGCAGCAAGAGCAACAAUUGUUUGGUCAUAUGUCACACAACAUUCUUAUGGAUCAGUGGUCUAAUUCUGUCGGGCACUUCAAUAAUCCAACAACAUCGUCAAAUGUGGUCAAUUCAUUAAUGGUCGAUCAAAAUUCUCUGGAUUUAGACUUAUUUGGCGAAGCGGCGGCAGCUGCAGCCUCAACAGCCACCAAUACCACAUUUGGCAAUAGGACUAGUUUUAAUAUUAGUAUCAACAACAAUUCUGAGGGAAUAAUGGGACACAACACGGAAAAUUCGGGCGGCCAAAUCAACGACGUCACACAGCGAUCUCAGUCGGUGCCUUUGUCACAAUUGCAACGUUCACAUUCGCCCACAUUCAAUCGCACUUUCCAUUGUGGUACAAAUAAUCCAGCGGCCGUAUCGGCUUGUAAUUCAUUGGCCCAAACACCAGUACCAUCGGAAUUUAUUGAUUCGGUUACAAUGCUGUCGGAAAACAGUUGCAGCCAACAGAGUUCUACCAUAAAACUUGAGGAGGUGGCAAAUGUUGUGGCUUCUGAUUCAACCGCCAUGUUGGAUGAGGUUGUUGUGAGUGACAUUUUGUCAUCUCCGGAUUUUGUGUCAAAAUUUUCCAGUCUCAACCAGACCGGCACAACAAAAACAACUUGUUCGUCGGCGGGUUCCUCGUCGGGUUAUAGCAGUGCUGGUCAUUUUUCCUUAUCAUCCGGAAGCUAUAGUGUAGGAGGAGGCGGUAAUGGGAGUGGCGGCGGUGCCAUGUCUUCGUCAAUAUCACGUUCCGUACCUUCUACACCGUUGCCUCAUCAAAAUCCACAAAAUCUGUUUGGUAACGGUAAUAACUUUUACAGAAGACGUUUCGUUAAUAAUUGUCAAUCGUUAAAUGGAGUUGGUGCAGGUGGAGUUUUGGAUAAUCUUAAUUCUUUUUCCCACAACUUUUCGUCCACCAGCAAAUACGGUUAUGGUAAUAUGUCUUCAUCGUUAUCCCGUUCAGCGUGCGAUAUCUCCAAAUCAAUGCCUUCUACACCCAUAACAACUACACCAAGUAGUUUCCGUUACAGUCCUUCAGAAUUUGCACGCGAUUUCCUUAUUAACGGCAAUACCAUAGAUGAUAGCAUAACAUCCUCUUUCGGUGCAGUGGGCAGCGAUAAUCUAAUGGGGUCUGACGUGGUAGGCGUGGAUGCGCCUCUUAAUUCCGAAUCGCUGUUGAAUGAAGAAGAUACUUUAAUAAAUGGUUCGACAGGCAUGGGACAGGUAGAUGCUGGCGUAUUGACACCAGAUUUUGCUGUACAAUCUGAUACAUCGGCUCCUGGUAUGAGCGGAGUUGUAGGUGAGUCAUCUGUUGUUAUUGGCGUGGGUUCGGAUUUAUUAGAUAAUUUGUAGAAUUUGUCUGAAGAGCAAGUUAAAAGAAAACGUGUAAAACAAAAGCAAAAAUCCCAUGAUUCUAUAUUAGAAGAAACCGCACAAUCCUGCAGCACACCAGCUGAAAGUGAAAAUGACCACGAUGAGGUUAAUAGUUGUGCGGUUGGACUUUUAUUAGCCGAAGUUGGUAAAUUAUAAAUAAACUCAUCAUAAACUUGCUCUUCAGUACAAACACUAGUAAUUAGUAAAACUAAUCUAAUAUGUCAUUGAAAUUGUUACAUUAUUGUUUAAUAUUAUAUUUUAACUUUUUAUAGUUUUUAAUUUUGUUUCCCCUUUUUCUACCUAUAAGUAUACUAUACAAAAUUUUACUACUCUAUACUACUUAUAUUCUAUUACUAUUCUUUUGUUUGUUUUCUAUUUGCUUUAACAAUUUGAAAAAAAAAAGUAAAAUAAAUUAAGUCCAGUGAAGACUAUAAAAUAUGCUUUUAAAAGCAUAGAUAAGAAUUCAUUUAAAACGUCUGAGACGUUUUAUUUCUUUUUUUGUUUUAUUUCCUUUUCAUUUAGAGUUUGUUUGAUUUAUAUUUGGAAUAAUAUUAUGUAUGUUUUUAAUUUUUAUUAUUACUUUUAUAAAAGUUGACUUUAUUAUUUAAUUACAACAUAGUUUUGAUUUUGUGUAUUUUUAUUUGGAUUAAAUUUUUUUAUGUUUAUGUUUAAUUAUAUUUUUGGUUUAUUAAUAAAUUAAUAAAAAUUAAUGGUAAAUAUUAAAAACAAAAAGAAAAGAUGUUUACAAAAUUGUAUAGAGUGCAGAGUAAAAUAAUGCCAUAAAAUUUGAUGCCAAUGCUGAAAAAGAGCAACCGUAUUGAAUGUAUCCGAAACUAAGCCUGUUUGAAAAUGCAUUACGGCUCAGCAACUGAUUUGCAAUACUUGAAAUUGUUAUUCAAUUAUUUAUUGUUCACUCCCACGAUAAUUUUAAGCUUAAUCACGGAAUUCAGAUUAAAUAAUUUCGAAAAUGUCGACUUUUUGAUUCUAUAAUUUCUUGCGAACAUCAAAAAUAAUAGGAUCACGUCAACAUAUAUUUAAUAGAGACCUUUUCGUGUUCCUUCAACAAAAUUUCAAAAACUCAUGUUUGACAUUGAUAACAGUCCUGGAAACUAUAUUUAAUGGAGGCCAAAUCAGAAACAAAUGUUUGUUAGCAAUUGAGGUAAUUGGGGCCAUAUACUGUGAGCGUUAAAAGAAACUAUUGUUACAUCAAUAAUUACACUGGUCUGCAAUGAAAUCCUAGUAUAAGAAAAUUAAUAAUAGAAUUGAAGAUACAUAUUAAUAUACAAAACCUACAUAUGCAUUUAAUUUCUUUCUAUCACGUCGAGUUUCUGAAAAAUGCUAAUUUUUGUAUUAACCCUUGUUUCACCGACUUAGUUUUAUUUUUAAAACAAACGACCUUACGACCUUGAUAGGAGGAUGUAUUACAUCAAAUCCGAAGAAAUACACCUAGGCCACUAUCGGGCCUGUUGUGCGCUCCUUUUCGUGGAAAAUGUUUGCUAUAGUAUUCACUAAGUCUGAUGUUCGAUGUUCUGAAACUCUGUUCCCUGGACGUAAUUCCUAAGAAUUUUCCAAUCAGUGUUCGUGAAUGAUAUUAUAUCCGGAAUAAUAACACUUCCAAGAUAUUUGGAUCGAAUUUCGGCGAAAGCCUGACAAUGGCAAAGAAAGUGCGCCAGAGUUUCACAGUCCUCUCUACAUGCUCUACAUUUGUCUGAAUCCGCAUGUCCACCUUUGUAUAGGUGUGCCCGUAAUCCUGUGUGUCCACUCAGAAUACAUACCAUCAUAGUAACCUCAGACUUGUUAAUUUUGAGAAGGCUUCUCGUCCUGCUCUCGUUGGGGUCACCCCAUAGGACCUUUGUGGUUCUACCCACGGUUUUAUUAUUCCAAGAGGCCUUAUGGGUUUCUCUUUCCCAUAAUUUUAAUUCUGCACUCGUUGCGUUAAAUGGUUUUGCGUUCGUCAGAUUAACUACCUCGAGCUCCCUUCCCUUUAAAGCUAUUACAUUCGCUCUUUCAUUGCCGACUACUCCCAAGUGGCCCGGUACCCAUAUGAUGAGAGUAUUCGGUUAGAGCUUUUCACAAUCCAAUAUGGUUUUAGAUUUAACUUUAUCACCUGAUAUCGCCCUAAUUGCUUUCUGGCUGUCGGUACACUUAUAUAAAGAUUCGAACCUAAUCUAGCUAUUCAGUUCCUCCGCAACCUUGGCCAUAAGACCUUGAUACUUUACAAUCCAUUUCACUAUUCUAAUACUGCUUUAUAAUGGUUGGUAAUCUUUCAGACGUUAUUAUAUAACAGUGAUAAGUGAGUGGCUUUAAUUUCGUGUCCUACUCUAUUACGGAUCUGUUUAUAUAAAAUUUACAUUAUUUGCACGUUUAUUUAGGAAAAUAUGUUCUUUUCACGCUUACAAUAGUUGAAGAUCCAAUGAUCAUUUGUUAUAACUUAGUGUUGAUAUGCUUAAAUGACCGGAACGGAAUUACCAUAUACAUACAUCAACUUUAUUUACCCAGUAAAAAUUGGAGCUUACAUGCAAGCAGGUUUGUAAGGGAACGAAGCUAUUUUCUCCCUUACAAACCUGCUUCGAUAAGGCAUGAUUUUUAUAUAGCGAAUUCCCACUUGGAAGCAUUCCCACUAGUAAGCUUAAAUAUUAUUUAAAUACUUCACUUACAAUCUGCUUCUCUGUAAGGGAUAGUAGUAAGCUUUUAAUUUUUUUCAGCUUACAUUAUAAAAUUACUCCUAUCAUUGGUAUUCCCUUAUUUCCUGCUUCUCAGUAAGGCUUAAUAGUAAGCGAAUACAGAUGCAGUUACUUCCCUUUUUAGCUUCCUAAAGUCUAAAAAUUUUUUACUGGGUAUUAAUUUCGAAUUUCGACAAGAAAAUUACGAAGAAUUUUACUUAUGUGAACGAACAAGUUUUUCUAGUUUUAUAUUGAAAACAACAAAUAAAUUCGAAAAAUUGUUAUAGUUUUCAACAAAGUAUAACAAGUAGUCCGACUCUCACAUAUAGGAAAUUACUCUCUCACAUAUACGAGUUCCGUGUGAAUUCAACUCUCUUGUGAGAAGUUUAAACUUGUCAAAACACUCAAAAGUUUACCUUACUUUUUUGACCACUUUUAAGGAUCGUACGCGAAUUUUCAUUUAUCCACAAAAAAUCUGUAAUUUUUUAAAAUAGAUUCAUUGCACUUUUUACAUAAAAUAAUGUUUAAUUUUCUUAAACUGGAAAAAAUAUUUUUUUCUAUUUAUUGACAUUUCAUUUUUGUUGUUGUUGAAUUUUAAUUUACAAACAGAGUUUCAAUUUUUGGUAUUGAAAAUUCAAACAAAUUUAAAAUUGUAAUUUUUUUAUAAAACUCUGUGUGUUCAGAACGCACCAACACAUAUACAUUUUUGUUACCAACACAUAUUUAGAGUUAGGUACUUUUUCACUAACACAUGCUUAGAGUUAGGUACUGCUGUCAAAGAGUCGGACUACUUGUUAUACUUUGGUUUUCGAUAUAAAAUGAUAAAGUAAUGUUCGGGCACAUUUAGUUAAUUACAAAUGUUUUUAACGAGUAUUAAAUUUUUGGAAUAUGCUCGAAAAAGUUAUUGUUUGUUUUUAUAAAUAAAUAUUUUAAUUUUGGUCUUAAAAUUUAUUUUUUUUUUAAUAUUUUAAAUUCUGUUAUUAAAUAUCUUUUCUUUUUAUUAUUUACCAUUUGCCUUUUUGAUUAAAAUCUGAUAUAGUUUAACAGUAAUAUUUCAGAUAAAUUGUUUUGUUGUAAUUGUAAUUAGCUGUUUAUACUAUAAAAAAAAAACUUAUCAUUACUAACAAAAAUAUAGAAUAAAUUUUGAAAUUGAAAAUUUCAAUUUUAGUUAAAAGAAAGAAUUAAAGUGCUGUUUAUUGUAAAUCAAUUAUUUUGUUAUUAGAUUAACU